AUGACGGGUUUCCUCAAGCCUUUGAAAUGCCUAUGGAUCCGACGCGACCUCUCCAUCGCCACUAAGAUUCGCGUGUACCGUGCGUCUGUCCAGUCUGUCCUUCACUACGGUUGUGGAUGCUGGGCUUUGCGCGUGGAGGACGAGCGAAAACUGGAGGUAUUUGACCACCACUGCUUGAGGACCAUCCUUCGAGUAAAGUUCACCGACUUCGUCUCAAAUGAGACAGUCGGCGCUCGCUGCGACAACAUCGUAAGGAUAACCCAGGCCAUCCAAGAAAGACGACCGAGUUGGUUGGGGCUUGUUCUUCGUCGUCCACCUCAGGAGCUCAGUGCUACUGCCCUCGAUCCGGCACAGUUGCCCCAUUCGAGGCAUCGAAGAGGGGGUCAGUUCAAAACCUGGCUCGACACAGUUCGUCAAGACAUGGAGGUGGUUCUUGGACCUUCGGUAUUCGGUCUACGCCGUUGGCGAAGGCAAUGGGUUGAGCUGUCCAGAUCUGCUGCCGCGGAUCGUCACGCGUGGGGAGGUACAGUUCGUGACAUCAUCGAGGCCAGCUAG